UUAGUCAAGUAUAUUGGAGUAUUUAGGUGUGGUUUUUACAUCUUUACAUCUUAGGUUAAUAAUUUAUUAUGUCCCUAUCAAUUUUUUUGAAAUUUGAAUUUUUAUAUUUAAAAAGUAUUUAAUUUAAAAUAAAAACUUAAUUAAAAUGGUUUUACAAGUAUUAAAUACUUGUCAACAAGUAGUAAGACAAUCAAAAGAUGUGAAAAUUGUUUCAUCUAAUGUUCCAAAAUUGGCUGAAAAGAUUUAUUUAUUGGUAAAAGAAGAAAAAUUAACGCUUGACGAGUUCAAAAAAUGUACACUUCAUCCAAAAAAUGAAGAUGAAGAAGCAAUAAAUUGGAUAUUUCUUGUUGAUUCUAUAAAUUACUGUUUUAUUGAUCCUAAUAAUAAAUGUCAUUGGACUGUUACAUGGAAAAAUAAUAAAUAUUCAGGAUAUUUUGGUUUAUGCGCAGCUAUUAAUAGAGCUAUAGAAAAUGGAAUAAAAAUGACUGACAUGAAAACAUGUUUGGAUUUAACGAAAACACAAUUGGAUGAAAUAUUUUUAGGAGAUGAUGGAACUACUCUUCCAUUAUUACAACAAAGAUAUUUGUGUGUACAACAGUCUGCAUCUGUUUUAUUACAAAAAUAUAAAGGAAAUUUUGUAAAUUGUAUAUUAGAAGCAAAUCACUCAGCUCAAAAGUUAUUAGAAAUAAUAUCUGAAAAUUUUUCUUAUUUUCGAGAUGAAUCUAUUUAUAAUGGACUAAAAGUUGCUUUCUAUAAAAGGGCUCAAAUUUUGAUUGCUGACAUUUGGUCAUCAUUUAGGGGUUCUGGCUUUGGUGAAUUUCAUGAUAUAGAUACUUUAACUAUGUUUGCAGAUUAUAGAGUUCCUCAAGUUCUAUUAUAUUUUGGUGUUUUAGAAUACUCAGAAAAAUUAAAAGAAACUCUUAAACAAGAUAUUCUUCUUGAACAUGAUACACCAGAAGAAGUGGAGAUUAGAGCAGCUUCUGUUGUAGCUGUUAAUGAAAUUGUAUGUGAAGUGAAGAAAUUAAUGACUCAACAUCAGGUGCACAAGAUUUGCAAUUCUAUAAUGGUGGAUACCUAUCUUUGGGGUUAUCGAAGAGAGAAUGCUGCUAUUUUAGAAGACACCCCAUAUCAUAAAACAUUAAAUAUUUACUAUUAAAGCUGUAUUUUGUAUGUUUUAGUUAAAAAAAAUUGUUGAAGGGUAAU